CAAUGCAGCUAUUAUCUUUUUUUGCCGCAAGUGUGCGUUAGCGCGCAUCUCUGAAAUGUUGCGUUAACGCCAAUCUUCGAAAUGUCUCUUUAAUAAAUCAUGUUGCAGUAAUUGUUUAAUUGUCACUUGUAAUACCUGUGUCAGUGUGGUACAAAUGGUGGCAUGGCAUUGAACAUAUAAACCACGCUGAUUUUGUUUACCUUAACAUAUUGUGAAUACCAUAUCUAUAUAUCACUGUACUGCCUCGACAACUAACUUUAGUGUGGAAUAGUGCAGUUUAAUCUCCUCUUAGGCAAUUAUCGAUUGUUCGAAAAUUAGAAGAUACUAUACUGAUAAACUAAUAUAAAUCUUUAAGGCAGCUGAAUACAAUGUGAAAUUUUAAUAAAUUGUGAAGUAAUUAAAACAGCUUAAUAAAUUGUGAAAUUUUAAUAUCGUGAAAUUUACUCAUGAACACGUUAUUGUAAUCUGUUUCCGUUUGUAGCAGACUGUAUGGUUAUUAUAACUAUUGGUAUUAGCUGCAAAAUCCUGCUGCUGAUUCUGACAAUUGUAAAUCUCUAUAUGUAAAAGAGAGGUGUCUGUCUGUCUGUCUGUCUGUCUGUCUGUCUGUCUGUCUGUCUGUGGGUGUAUCUGUGUGUAGGAGAGGAUCUUCAAGAAAGGCGAGUCUGAUCUCCACCAAAUUGGCUCGCCCAUGCCGAAUCCAUAGAGGUCGAAAGUGAAGCUGUGGUCGUCUUUCGGACUCUCCUGCAAUGACGCGAUUUCCUGCAAUGACGCGAUUUCCUGCAGAUGCAACCUGCCUCUGCUCACUCACGAAUAUCUCUGUAACAGUGUAUCGGAUCUCCACUGAAUUUAAACUGCCCGUUUCUUGCAUUGGGCAGUAUGCGUGGAGCAUGUCGAUUGUUGCGGGUUACGUUGAGAGAGGCGAAUCGAAUUCCUGCCACGUUCUGUUCCCCACAAUGCCAGCAACGUCUUCGAAAUGCGACAAUCCUGAGAAUGCAACGACAUUGAUUGACAAUUACUAUGAAACUGAGUCUAUAAUAGUAGAAACGAAAGCUGCAUAUGGAUUUAAUGAUGGUCGUCCAUCUACAGCUCAAAUCGAGUUUGACAUCGACAAACCAACAGUUGAUGUGUCUCGUGAACCAACAAACCAGAGGGAGAUUGGCCAAUUCGUCAACCAUACAUAUUCUGUUAUCAACAAGGGACCAUCUGUUGUCAAUUUUGUGAAUCUGGAUAUCCUGUGGCCAUGGAAGGUGAAGAAAGGAAACAGUACCUACUUGCUUUACAUUACUGACUUAAAGAUGCCAUCAUCAACCCAGUGUAACACUGGUGAUAUUGAGAAUCCUCUUAAAUUGGAAGCCCCAGUUGUUGAAGAAUCGAAUGCUACAACAGUGGAAGGUGAAAUUGUUACCAGAACAAAACGCAGCAUUAGAAGUUUACGAGCAUCAUCUGAGCAGCUAUGCCCUGAGGAGAAAGAUUGUCCUGGUAGCUCUAAUGCUUUGUGCUGUCCAAUCAAAUGUCGUAUCAGUCAGUUGCAGAAAGGUGGCACUGCUGAUAUUGAGAUAGUUUCUCGAUUAUAUGAGCGAUCGCUUGUUCAGGGCAAAAUUUCAGCAUUAAAUGUGACAUCAUUUGCUAAUGUUUCAGCUGAAAUAGAAAACUAUGUAAAUGGUGACCCUCUUCCAAAGUCAAUCAAUGUGACCACUCAAAUUACACAACCCGCUGAAGUAACUGAUGAGUCUCUUGAAGUGUGGAUCAUUAUUGUUGUUGUCAUCGUAACAGUUUUGAUCCUGAUUGCUGCUGUGAUACUUCUAGCUUAUUUGGGAUUCUUUAAGCGAGCCAAAAAAGAGCAGCUGAACAAGGAAAAGGCAGAAUUGGCUGCUCAUGGUGAACAACUUCUUAAAGUUAGCAAUGGCGACUAGAACUUGUUACUAUUAUGAGAUGAGUGUGUGUAAUAGUUAUGGAGACGUGCAUAAGACAUAGGCAUGCUUUACAUUUUGUGGUAGCAUAGUUCACUUUGUUGUUUAAAUUCUUGACAUGAUUAAAGUUUUAGUGAGUAUUCAUGUAGUAUAACUGGAUUCUUGACUUGCACAGUAUUCACAUUUUGAUAAUCUGAAACAUAUUUGUUCCACA